AUGGUGUCCAUGGAUAUAGAGGAAGGUSUGUGUCCUUCCUAUGAAACAUACAGGAGACAGUUUCUCUUGUGCAUUAUGAUYAUAGGUUGGCUUCUGAUAAGCAUCAUCACUGCCCUGACCCUGAUUUCAACCUGCUUCAGCCACUGCUACUCCCCGGUUAGCUUUCUUCAGCUGAAGUUCUGGAAAACCUACUUGAAGAAGGAGUGGGAGCUUUUUCAGGCCAAGRCCAAAGACCAUGCAACCAAGCUGGCAGAGAGAAACGUGAAUUACUCUUUUGAAGGCACUGUCCGAGCACAGUUUCAGAUGCCCAGCCACCAGGCCUGGCAGCAGAUCUGCUCCCUGAACAUGCUCGGCGUGGAGGAGCUACAUUACAGUGCGAUACACAGGUACACGGAGACCCAGGCCAGACAGAGCGUGGGGCCUGAGCCGGCCGAACAGAGCACCCGUGGGUCAGUGCAGGAGAUGCAGCACAUGGGUGAAUGA